CGGGGCGUGGCGGUGACGUCUCAGGACUCAGGGAGGGCUCUCGCAGACAAACAACUUUGAGAUCAAAACAAUCUGUGAAGAACAGCAGCGGCGCCGGAUCGUUUCUGUCCAACGGCCACAAAACCGGAAAAAACACACUUUGGUUCGGUCAGAUUGCAGUAGAGGUGUAAAGAUGAUCGGAAGGGUCCUUUCUCAUCUGCUUGGGAACGCUGGUGAGGAUUUUGUGGCAGCGAACGACACUUAUGAGGAGCUGAUGGAGUUUGAGGAAGGAGGAUGGGUCAUUGUCAAUUUCCCAGAGAGCGGACCGCUUUCAGCCCCUGAGGUGGAUCCCCUUGAGAACCUGCUGAUUGAGCACCCCAGCAUGUCUGUCUACCAGAUGAAGUGCAGGAUGGGUGGAGCAGAGGAGGAGGAAGAGGAGCUAGGCUUUGACGAAGAUGAAGAGGACACUUCCAGGUCAGUGGCAGUGACGCAGCACAUUUCUUGGCGUCUGGCUGCCUGGGGAAUCCCCCUGCCCUGCAACAUCCAGCUGCUGGCUGCCCAGAGGGCCCGGAUCCAGGCUGACCGGAAGAAGCUGAGCCGCAGCUUCCUCCACAGGCAGAAUCUGGCUAAGCUGCGAUUCUCCCCGACAGAGAAGCGCUAUGGCCACUUCAAGCAGCCCUGCCAGCGCCUCUACAACUACUGAACAGGAGUAAUGUAACUGCUUGUUGGGGGUUGCGUGUGUCAAGUUGCCUCCAUUGCAGCAGGUUGUGCAGUGUGGUGCCUAUAUUUGAAAUACUGAUUUCACUGCAACACAUUUUUAUUCUGAUUUUAAUGUAGGCAACCUGCACUGCAACCUUCACAUGUGAAAGCGCUGAGAACAAUGAACCUCAGUCUUCUGAUAUCAUGAAUGAGUCAGUCCCUCACAUUGGAAAGCAUAGAGACAAACACAGCGUUAUAUAUUUUUAGUGAGAACAUUUGACUUGUUUGACUUGUGUAGAUUGAUUAGGUGUGUGGUGUUUUUCUAAAGGCGUUGUUACUGUUACAGUGCGUGACACUGUUUUCACAUAUGAAAAAUUCAAACCUGUUGAAUAUUUUUCUCUUAAUUAUGAUGCAGUUGUGUUAUGACACAUUUGGAUUGAUUACUCCUCGGUUGCAUUCAAUAUGUAUUAUGUUCUGUGCCUCAGCUUUAGACGUUCUUGUGACAAGUGUAUUAAAAGCUAAUUUCGUACUGUGUUCACCUGUACAGUAUUCAUAUCAUGUGAUUACAUUAAUUGAUUACUCUGUGUGUCUUUUUUUGAGUGUGAGUCUGCUUAUGGAAUAAUUACAAAACCACUGUUCAGGUUUUGUACUGAUUGUACCAUUUUAUACUUUUUGGCAGGUACACACUUUUUUUCAUGUUACACACAUUGUUCAUUUUUGACUCACGAGU